CUACAAAGAACACUUACCAUGGAUACCUCGCUGUUAUCACUUCUUUCAACGCUUCAGUCGUCGCUAGAGUCUGCGAUUCUGCCGGAGAAUUUUGAUAUCUCCCCCCCAUCAAACGGUAUAUCGCUGCUGGAUCUAAAAAAUGAACUGUUCCUCUCCUACUUGCAAAAUCUGGUAUUUCUGAUCCUGAUAAAGCUGCGACAUAGCUCGAGCUCAAGUCAAGAUGGACUUAGAAAGAAUCUCUCAAUUCUCAAUGAUGAGGUGACCAAGAAGCUUGCAGAGCUACGUUUAUACAUCGAGAAGGGUGUCAAGCCAUUGGAGGCAAAGCUCAAAUAUCAAAUAGACAAAGUGGUUAAGGUAGCUGAAGAUGCUGCAAGAGCUGAGUCAUCAAUCGGAAAAGGCACAACAAAUGAACGCAAGAAGAAGACGAAGCGGGCAGACGAGAGCGAGGAUUCGGAGAGAAGCUCCGCUUCUGAAUCUGAGGAAGACGACGAUGCCUCAGUAUCAGAGGCCGAGAUCGAUGAACUGUCAUACCGGCCCAAUCCCAGUGCAUUCGUGCGGCCAAAAUACGACGCUGAAGAAGCGAAAAAACCAGAUGCGCCGCCGGACGGCAUAUACAGACCACCACGAAUUACAGCGAUGGCCAUGCCUACGACAAGAGGAAAGGAAGAGAAGGCUGAGAGGCGUCCACACAAGUCGGCAACAUUGGACGAAUUCAUCGCUGAGGAGCUAUCUACUGCACCGACUGCCCAGCCAAGUAUUGGUAGUACCAUUGUAUCAGGUGGGCGCAGACUCAAGACCCAACGUGAGCGCGAUGAGGAUGCAGAGAGGAUAAGAUACGAAGAGACGCAUCUUACGCGGUUGCCCAAGGAGAGCAAAAAACAACGAGCAAAGAAAAUGGGACGAGAUAGGGGUGGAUUCGGCGGUGAAGAAUUCAGAAACCUCGAAGCUGGACUUGAUAGAAUCGGGUCAUUAGUCAAGCGCAAGGAAGGUUCUGGGGGAAAGAUUGACCGUUCGCGCAAGCGAACUUUCGAUGGAGCCGGUCUUGGCGGUGAGGACAUUGGUCGCGCCUUUGAGAAGAAGAAGAGGAGUGUAAUGAGGAGAUUCCGGUAGUCCCAUCAAUGUGAUUGUUUCUCUGCCUGUUCUAUACAAGAUCUACAAGUAAAGAAUGCGAGCCAAGUAAUUUCCCACU